AAAGGAGGUGGUUAUUUCUUUAUGGUUUGUUGGGUUCUGAGAUUUUUUUCGUUUUCAUGCUCAAUCCCAAUCGAUCAAGAAGUUGGUUUGAAUUGGGAAGCAAUUCAAAUCAAGUCAGAGAAAUAUGUACGACUUGGAGAAUGCGGUUUGAACACUCACUGGGAAAUACCCAAACGCCAUAUUUAUACUGCCCUCUCAAACGUAUAAAUAUUGAACAGCUUCACGGUCUGGUGGAGGGGUAGUUCUAAUAGAAGAGCCAAAGGCAUUGUUUGUCAAUGCGUGUGGAAUUGAUAAGGGGGGAUUAGAGUUAAGGAAGGAACAUAUUUCAGAGAUGAGUUCGAGAUGGUCUCUGUGUGCAGAGAAAGGAAAGUUAAAGAAGGGGCCAUGGACGUUCGAGGAAGAUAUUCGUCUCUUACGCUAUAUUAAAAUUCAUGGUGAUGGCCGCUGGAGCACUUUAGCUAAGGCAGCUGGGCUACAGAGAUGCGGAAAAAGUUGCAGAUUGAGGUGGGUAAAUUAUCUGCGUCCCGGUAUUAAGCGUGGCAAUAUUACUCCUGAAGAAGAAGGCAUCAUAAUUGACCUUCAUGGCCGCUGGGGUAACAGGUGGUCAUUGAUAGCAGAAAGGAUCCCAGGGCGAACGGACAAUGAGAUAAAGAACUACUGGAGGUCUCAUCUGAAAAAGAAGCUUCAAAAUUCAACACAAACCCAGCACAUUGAGGAUCAAAAUUGUUGUCCUGAAGCACACGUGGAAGCUAAGCAAGUCAUCCUCCCAGAACAAAGCCUCGAGGUUUUCACAGGCAGCGAAAUUAGGACUCCACUUUUGUACGAGCAUAAUGAGAAUGAUGCCUCAGUCAAGGUGGAGACUCCAACGAACAAGAUGUGCAUUGAGGAAGUGAUUAAAGAUAUGGAGCAAGUGCAAGUACAAGGAGGAGAAGCUUCUUUUGUAGAAGGAAGCAUUCAGAAUGACAUGGGCAUAGCGGGAAAUGAUGUAGUUGAACUUUAUAGGAUGCUGUAUUCAUUUCCAUCUGGAAUUCCAAUAGAAAGUUAUGCAAACGCAGUCUAUGAAGCUUCUUGCUCUGCUAAUCCUGAAUUAAUGUAUCCCACAAAUGAGUGUGAAUUAGAUUCGGGAUCAGAUAUUAUGCUUUGGAACAUGGAACCAGACAUGCCAGCUGUAUCUACCAUCCAUUUCAAUGGACAAACCCCCUACCCUUCCUUGUGAAUUAGUUGUGUCAAGUCACUCCCCAUCAAAUGUAAACUCAAGACAAAAAUAAUCAAUACAA